AUGAAGCUCUUCGCCGCCAUCGUCCUUGCAGCUCUUGCUGUUGUCGGUCUUGCGAGCCCUACCAUCGAGGCACCCGCGUCCUUCAUUAUGACAGAUGCCCAGUUCAAGAACUGGCUCGCAACCACCGAUGCCGAGAUCACCUACGCUGGCGAGCCGCCCAUUGACAACCCGCUCGCUGAGCGCGACACCCAGAGCCUCCAGAUCACCUAUUGCACCCAUCGCGCGAACAACAUCUGCGGUGGUCGCUGCACUGUCUACCGCGGCCCUUCGCCAGCGUGCGUCGAUGCCCCCGACACUAAUUGCAUAGCGUCGACUAGGGACGUAGGCUUCUGUACCAGGAAGGAUUGUCACCCAACGUGCCAACAGCUUUCCCACUGCGCGACCCAGCUUGCGGACGGCUUCUGCUUCACCCCAAACACCAAUUCUAUCAUAGUCGGCCCCGCCUAG